AUGAUACUGGUAGAACUGAGUAAAACUGAUGAUACUGAUAAAACUGAUGAUAUUGGUGAAACUGGUAAUACUUGUGAUAUUGGUAAAACUGGUGAUACUGGUGAAACUAGUAAUAUUGUUGAUACUAUUGAUAUUGGUAAUACUGGUGAAAUUGGUGAAAUUGGUAAAACUAGUAAAAUUGGUAAAAUUGGGUCUGAUUCUUGA